UUUACUUCACUUUAGCGCCCAAUCCUUGGUCGGUCAAAGCCGACCGCGGCAGAUAAGAGGCUUACAGUCGCCAGGGGGCGGCUCACUCGUGCAUUAGUUAUGAUCAUGGGGACUCGGAAACACAAUCCCGUGUCGAUUAGCGCAUAGACGGUACUCGUAAACUGAAAGCGGGAAGACGGGGAACGAGCAGACGGGUUACGAAAAAACGUUGUUGUCUCUCUGAAGUUCUGUCUCUUAGUAUUCAGCCAUAUAUAACGCGUUCGUGUCAUGAUUCCUAUACAUUCAGUAUCAAAAUUUCACGACAUCGACGCGUUCUAAAACAAUCAAUCAACAUAAAUUUCAAUAUGAACAGAACAACAGCCUUAGCAUUCUUAGCAGGUCUUGCGCAUACACUUGGAGCCCCUUCCACGUGUAUGCUAUCUCCCCUUGUUACCAUCAAGGCUGGGGAUAAACUAAUCACAGGGGUCGAGAAUACGAUUAGCGGUCCCUGCGAACUCACUUUGUUAUUCUCUGAUGACGACUUUCUGCCUGUCACAUUUACAUUUGAACCAAUAGCAUGCUCUGCAUUCCAAGAAGCUGAAAUAUCUAUACCCCUUGAGGUACCUACCGGACCCGCUACAUUUUUAUGGCAAUGUGCAGGGCAGCAAGCGACUGGAUGUAUUAAAGUAUCCCUUGAAGGUGGUAGCGCCGACUUUCAUGCGCUAAAUGUCCAACAAAAGGGUAAUGUAUCUUGUCUAAUGCCGACAGCAACAUUUACGUCGCUUUCGACUAUUACCCAACAAUCAAAGACCGUAAUCAGCUCGAUGAUUACUACCAAGUUUGCAACAGAAGUGGAUACGACUUCAUCAUUCUCUUCUUCUGGCUCACUAUCUCUCCAGAGCUCGGGAAUCACCCCAUUGGGAUCAGGUCAUAUCUCGAAACCAGGAUUUACGACAUGGCCCGGUGCCAGUGCUACUGCUUCUGGCAUUGGUACCUUGUCAAAAUCCUCAGCAACAGCAGAGUCUAGUUCAACCGCCACUGCCGAUACUGAAUCUCCGGAUGUUGUGACUUCUUCUUCCUCAACAAGAUCAGUAUCUACCUCGGUCCCCACCAAUAAUCUAGACUCUUCCAUUGUCAAUGCAAUUUCGCCAUCUUCGGUGAAUUCUGGAGCUAGCAGCAUUGCAAGCAUUACAAUAGUGACAGAGCAAAUCCCCCCGAGAGCUCCUGCAUGUACGAUGGAACAUUAGAGCUCAUAGUCUGGUAUUCCAUAUCAGGAACUUCUUGUUUUGUGUUCUUAUUGGUGCGAUUUCAUAGUAUGUCAAUUUGAAAUUCUUUUACUAAAUGCUGUCUUGACAUAGCCGCUCGCCAUGUGUGAUACCACAUCGUCGGUACUGUUGAAUGUGACAGCCCAUGC